GUACGAACCGGCGAUCGAGAACUUCUUGACCUGGUAAUAAUUGAUGUACUUAAGUCGAUAGGACAAACUCAAUUACAUCUCACAGCAAUACACGCACAGUCCAUCUAUUUGAUACCCAAAAGAAUACCACAACUCUUGCACAACUAUCAGCUGACCACACCGCUAAACAUAAAUGAGCUUCUAGCACCGUUUAUAUAUCAGGAAAUGCCAAAUUUGUAUUUAAGAGGCACUGCACAGAACCAACAGCUUGGAACGGUAGUUUCGAUGAAUCAGUUCGCUUUCAGAACUUGGACUGGGCCAUGCAAGACACUGGAAUUAAAGAGAUUGAAUUACAAUUUUUUGAAUGAUGCACCUGGUACUAUAUACUAUAUUCAAUUGGAGAAAGAUAACUUCCGUCGAAGACAUACAUUUUACAUGCAAAAAAUUCUCUCCAUUUAUGGUUCGCUAUGUAUUAAUUUGCAUUUAUACAGAUUGGAUUACACAAUUUGA